UGCUGUGAGCAUGUGAUCAUGUUUCCUACAAAGGACGUACAGCGUCAUUUCAGACUGGCCAAUCAAAGGCAUUCUUGUCUUUGAAGAGUGAAGAACCAUCAGUAUUUUUUCAUUCCUCACAGCAAUUUGAACACGAUGGCUUCUCCAGUGUUUGCCUUUUAUCUUACAUGUCUGCUCUUGGGGAAAAUGGCUCAGAUGGCUCAUCUGAAAACGUCCACAUCUGUUCAUCAAGAGAGACGUUUUGUAUCAGCUCAUGUUGGCGACAAGGUGGAUUUAGAAUGUUUGUCUGAAGACAAACUUGCGCCGAGGGUUUACUGGUAUAAGCACAGUUUGGGACAGAAACCAAGGCUCAUUUCUUCCUCCUAUAAAUAUGAUGUGAAUAGCACUUUUUAUCAUGAAUUCAACAACAAUCCACGCUUCACACUGGAUACUAAAAAUAGUAAAACUCACUUGAUGAUCACAGAUUUACGUAUUUCAGAUUCUGCCACUUACUACUGUGUUAAAUAUUCAUAUGUGCUAGAAUUUUCAGAGAUCGUUACUGUCAGUGUAAAGGGUUCAGGUUUGAACAUCCAGGCUUGGGUCCAUCAGUCAGAAUCUGAGACCAUCCAGCCAGGAGGCUCUGUGACUCUCAACUGUACAGUACACACUGGGACCUGUGAUGGAGAACACAGUGUUUACUGGUUCAAAAGCUCUGAAGAAUCUCAUCCAGGACUCAUUUACACCCAUGGAGACAGGAAUGAUCAGUGUGAGAGGAAACCCAACACACAAACACACACCUGUGUCUACAACUUGCCAAUGAAGAACCUGAAUCUUUCUCAUGCUGGGACCUACUACUGUGCUGUUGCCUCAUGUGGACACAUACUGUUUGGAAAUGGGACCAAGCUGGACAUUGAGGAUAAAGCUGACUUGGUGUAUUUCUGGCAUGGAGUUUCAGCAUUCACCACCAUCCUCAGUGUUUUACUGGCUUUCUCACUGUGCAUGGUGGCUAAGAGAAGCAGCUGCCAAUCUACAGAGUCACAACCAAGAUGUACUGCUCCCUACACCACAAACACAAAGGGUUACCAGAAUGCAGAACAGCUCUAUUACGCUACGUUAAGUGUUAAGCUGAGCAACAGAUCAAGACGACAGAGGGAUCAAACCUGGAGUGAAUGUGUGUACUACAGCGUAAAGCAGUAAAACCAGACACGUCACAUUUUUACUUUCUGAGUGAAACAGGAGUUUCUUAGUGUCUCCUGCUUUGGUAAUAUGAUGUAGGACAUUGUAAUGCAUCUUAAUCCAUAAUAUAUAUAUACUCUUUUGUGUCCAUGUGGUCUGAAGUACAUAAACUAUAAACUAUGUAUCUAAAAGUGUAAGGUCAUUGUAAAUACUUCUGAAUAAAUGAUUUUGAGAUUUAACCAGUAUAUUAUAUAUAACCAGUAUAUUUGGACGUUUGUGUUUAUCCUCGUAGAUUUUUUUACCACAUCAUGUAACCUAUGCGUUUUUUGUAUGAAUUUUACGUCACCAAUGAUCAAAUAACUAUCAUUAAAUUUAGUACACUGUCACAGCCCUGGCUGCGACCCCUAGAGUUCCUAGUGUUUCCUGUCUGUGUUCUGUUUUCCCUGGUCUCCUCUCCUGUGUGUGUGUGUGUGUUCUUUGCAGAGGUGGGGAGCAGCUGGUGGAGUUUAGACUUAGUCACACCUGCACAGUAUAAGAACCUGGCUCAUCCUCCCCUUGCGUUUGCCUGCUCCACCUGCCGGUGCUCAGCCCUCCCACUCUGAUUGCUCACCUCUGUCCUGUUAGUUGGACCCUAACCACUCCUCUCCCUGGAUCAUCGGCAUUGGACUGAUUCACUCAUUCCUUUUUUCCCCUAUCCUCUCCCCUACCUCCGUGCCCAUUAAAGACUGUUUUGAACUUUC